UUGAAAAAAAACUCCGACUUCUUGUAACCGAGAUUUCAAGGCAUACUCAACAUGUCUGUUGCUGGCACUCCUCUAUAUAUCGAGGUUAUAGGCUCUACUUUUUUCCAACACAAAUAAACGAUCAAUGGAGAAGGUGAAUGAUUGUCAAAACAAUAAACAAACCAAAAACAAUGUUCCAAUUGUUCUUGUGGUUGGUCCUCCAAUAAACAUAGGAGUCCUCAAACCCAAACAACCUCAAAAGUACAAUUUAUCAAAACCAUGGAAUGCUAACUCACUACCACUAGACAAGUUCAUGGUUGAAAACAAAUAUGAUCCAUCAAUGUUUAAAGCCCUUAUAUGCUGCGCAUCUCCACCAAUUAAUGCUAUUAUUCUUCAACUUCUCCCUUGUUUGAAGCUUAUUGUCACCACCAGCACUGGAAUUGAUCACAUUGACCUAAGUGUUUGCAAAUGUCGAGGUAUACAAGUUGCCAAUAUAGGAAAAUUGUACUCAGAAGAUGUUGCCGACAUGGCUGUGGCUUUACUCAUUGGAGUGUUAAGCAAAAUUUCAGCAGCUGAUAGAUUUGUUAGAACAACCAUGCAGUUUGACUUCCCGCAAUAUCGUUCUAACUCUAAGCUACAUGGAAAGCGAGUUGGAAUUGUUGGAUUAGGAAGCAUUGGCAGGGAAGUAGCAAAAAGGUUAGAGGGAUUUGGAUGCAUUAUUUUGUAUCUCUCAAGGAAGAAAAAUCCCUUCGUUACAUACCCUUUUUAUUCAAACAUGAUUGAACUUGCAUCUACUAGUGAUGCAUUAGUUCUAUGUUGUCCACAAAAUGAACAAACAAGGCACAUUGUGAACAAGGAAGUGAUGUUGGCAUUGGGAAACAAAGGUGUUAUAGUCAAUGUAGGAAGAGGGUCCCUAAUUGAUGAGGUGGAGUUGGUGAAUUGUUUGAUGGAAGGACAUAUUGGUGGUGCUGGUUUGGAUGUGUUUGAGAAUGAGCCUAAUGUUCCUCAACAAUUUUUAGCAAUGGACAAUGUGGUUUUGUCACCUCACAAUGCUGCAUUUACUACUGAAACAUACAUGGCUGCAACUCAACUUGUGGAAGAUAAUCUAGAAGCCUUCUUCUCCAAUAAACCCUUAUUGACACUAGUAAAAUUGGAAUGAAUAACUUAUAGAAAAUGCUCCCGGAGCACUCUUUAAGCAUCUUAAAUAGUAACUUAUAUGUGAAGUCAACACAUUGGGAAUUAAAAUAUUUCACUUU